AGCCUCAUGGCUGCUCCUUGAGGUGCAUUCUCUGCAGUGCUUAGGCGGUCACAAGACUUAGACACGAGCGAAAACAUCGGCACGCCGACAGGUCUGACAGAAGCUUACAGUACAAGCCCCCAGAUUCUUCCCUUCUCUGCAUCCAACAUCCAACAAGUUGCUCCUUUUCCAAAACUACUUCAGUGCGGCGCUGCUGUCUCUUUCGCUUAUCUCACUUUUUCUUUUCCUCCCUCCUAUGGAAAUUUCAGAGAAGGAUUUUUUUUAGACCUCAGGAAAAAUUACUUUAUCUGUUGAAGGGGUCGUUUUAACAUAGAGUCGAAUGAUCCUGUAAAAACAUAUCAGUGAUGUUUUGGUGCGUAAAGGAGUGGCGCAUGCCAAAGUGAGCGAAUGCCACUGGAAGAAAUUACACUGAAGAUGUCAACAUUGCUUUACCACCCACUCGAAAUCGAUUAUAUUACCUUCAAGAAGGUGGCUCUCCGUAUAAAUAGGAACGCUUUAAUUCAAGAAAGACGGCGUUGAGCACUGUCUGGUGGCUGCUCUUUCUCUCACCGGGACCACAGACAACGCCUGGAAGAAUUUGCCCAAGACAAUUGUGUCCACUUUCCAGGACAUAAGCAUCAUAAGCACCUUUAAUUCCUAAACGACAGCGAAGCCAUGCAGGUGGAGAGGAAAUGGCACGUACUAUUAACAAUCUUCUUUCUGGUCAUCACCUCGGGUCAGUGUAUGGACAGCAAAGAGGUCAGGCAGAGAGAAAGAAGGACCCUGUUGGAUCUCAUCUUACAGGUUAUCAAAGACAGUCAGCAACGGGACAAACCCAUGUCCAGGCGCUGCAGUAGUGGACUCCACACUUCAGCACAAGACAUGAAGUUCUCCUCCCGUGAAAAGCCUUUCUAUGUCCCUAGGCUGGAUAACAGACUCAUAGAUGUUGUUCCAAGAGAUCCAAACAUGAAAGGCAAAUUCAUUCAGCAUUUCGGAGCAGGGCAAGUCAAGUUCUCGCCGGAGUGUAAAACACACUUUCAUAGACUUUACCACAACACAAGGGAUUGUUCAACACCAGCAUACUACAAAAGAUGCGCAAGAUUGCUAACACGAUUAGCAAUGAGUCCACUCUGCAUGCAAUCAUAGAUGUUGCAUGUCCUGGUGUGGCAGAAGAGGGAUCAGUGUGUUGCCAAGGAAGUGCCUUUGAAUGCACAGCAGUCACAAGAACAUUGUGGUGUUUAUAUUGUCACUAUUUUUUGUUUGUUUGUUUGUUUGCUUUUUUUUUGUUGCUUUUUUUUGUUCUUGUUGUCAUUUCUGAAAAUACCGAAUGGACAUUUGUGAUUGUUUUUGGAUGGAUCAUUUUUUGGUUUUAAAUGAGCCUGUAUGUACCACGUAUUUGUAAGGAAAUAUUAAUUUAAUAUUAAAUGCACCUAUUUAUUGACAGGGUAUGUAUAUAAUGAUUUCACAAUCAUUCAAGAUCUGAUGAUUUUGGUUAUAACAUUUGUAUAUGAUGGAGAGGAAGCUUUUUUUUCUCCUUAUAUAUGAAUUCCAUUUUCAUUGUUAUGUUGAUAUGCUCUGUCAUUGUCUACAUUACUUUUUGUUUUGGCACUUGAGUGUUUGCUGAUAAUGAGAUCAUAUGAAAUAACAACAGUGGUUAAUGCACUGCAGUACUGAAUAAAGAAUAUUGAAGCACAA